AUUAUUGCUUUACAAAAUAUGAAUUCUUCACGAGAAAUGCAUGAAAUAAGUAAAAACGAUUUGGAUCAAAGUAUAUAUAAUCGCGAUGAAUUAUUUAUUGAUAGUAAUAUUCAAUCGAGUAAUUUUGUGUCUACGACAGCUGUAAAUCAUCUUCAAACACCAUUAUCAACGCCUAAUUUACAUCGGAAGAAUAGGAGGAUUUCCAAUUUAUUUCGCACUAGAGAGAAUGAAAAUCACAAGGAUAUAAAUAUGGGUAUUGGGCGAGCAAUACCUGUCAAACAAGGCCAUCUUUAUAAACGAAGUAGUAAAACUUUAAAUAAAGAAUGGAAGAAAAAAUAUGUAUGCUUAUAUUCUGAUGGGCGAUUGUCGUAUCAUCAAAAUUUGAAAGACUAUAUGGAUAAAGAAUCAUCAAGUAAAGAGAUAUAUCUUGGUCUUGCUACUGUACGUAUUAUUGGUCAACAACGACCACGUUCUACUCAACAUUCAUUAAAUCAGCUUGUCAAUAAUGAUAUUAAUGUAAUUCGGCGCGAAUCAUUUGAACAAAGUGAUAAAACUUUAUUACCAGUUAAUUUGCCAGUUGACUUUGCUAGUAAUAAAAAUGAAGAACGAUCGAAAAAAUUUGAAGAAUGCAGUGAUGAUCAGCAAAUAUUAAAUAGCCAACGAACGAAUAAUCUAAUUGUUACACCGAAUUCGGCAAUUUCAAAUAAAAGAAAAAAAAUUCAUCGGCGAGGUGCUUCAAAUGCCAAGAAUAAUGAUGAAGAGAUUGAUUGUGAAUUUGAAGUAUUGACUUGUGAUGAAAAACGUUGGGAAUUUUCUGCAGUAUCGGUUGAAGAACGCGACGAAUGGGUUAUGGCUAUUGAAAAGAUAAUUGAAAAAACUUUACAAUCGCAAAUGAGCGAUAAAGAGCAAAAAAAUAAGCGAAUACAUAGUAGCCGUAAUGAAAUUCAAGCAUUAAAGGAAAUACCCGGAAAUGAAAUUUGCGCUGAUUGUGGAGCCGAAAAUCCCGAUUGGGCAUCAUUAAAUUUAGGAACCUUAAUUUGUAUUCAGUGUUCUGGUGUACACCGCAAUUUAGGUUCGCAUAUUUCGAAGGUACGAUCACUCGACCUCGAUGAUUGGCGAAUCGAAUGGUUAUUGGUUAUGGAAGCGAUUGGUAAUAGAAAAACAAAUUCCAUAUGGGAGUAUAACGCUCCAGUUAAUAAAAAACCAACGGCCGACUCAUCAUACGAAGAAAAAGAAAAAUGGAUUAAGAUGAAAUAUGAAAAGAAAUCUUAUUUCAAUACAAAAUCGAUAGAUAGUCAUCGUUCAUAUGGAAUACAAUUAUUGGAUGCUGUUUUUAAUAAUGAUCUCAAUAUUUUAUUACCUAUAUUACCUUUAUGUAAUGAAAAUGAUUUACGUACUACUGUGGACGUAAACGAUAAACGUACUGCUCUUCAUAUUGCAUGCUCGAAUGCUUCCGCUAUUUUUACACAAUUACUUGUUUGGUACAAUGCUGAUAUUUAUAUGUUGGAUGAUAUGGGACGAUCAGCACUGUGGCAUGCGCAAACAUCGGGCGCUCAUGAUUGCGUUUCUAUAUUGCUAAACGCUGGUCUAGAUUCUUCAUAUGGUAUUCCGUCAUCAAAUGCUUAUUCUGGAAUAGUAGCCGGUGGAUUAAUUGUUGGCUCGUUAGCUGCUCGAGAGUAUUGCCAUCCUAAUGAUAUGCUCAAGAAUAAUGAUGCUAAAUUACGAAAAUACACUGAUAAAUACACAAAUAACCGGUUAUCUAAAUCAUCGUCGCAAUUACAGCAGCAACAACAAAUCCAGCAAUCUCCAUCAUCAGUAUUGAAUGGCUUUCAUCAACGCGCAUCUGAUGCUUUUGAAUGUCUCCCUACUAGUGUGAUAUAA